UAUUCUUUAGCAGACGAGUUUAACACUUCUUUUUUUCUAUUAUUCUAAUCUCGAUUGGCGGAAUUAUUUGAAUAUGUUAAAAAAAAACGUGUACAUAAAUCAACAAGAAAACUGGGACUCACUCUUGUGUAAACGUAGUCACUAAUGUGCAUUAGUUCCAAAGUGCAGCGAAAACGAACAAACGGCGUCUUUUUCGAUCCUUUUUUUUCAAUUCCUAAAUAAAGAAUCGAUUCUCAAGGAAAUCGAAUAAUGAAGAAUCGAUUUAAAAAAUCGAUCUUUUGAUGAAUUGAAUCGAAAUCGAACAUCCCUACCCUAAUUUAGGGUAUCGAUUACUACAAUAUACGCAAUACUACGGCGUCUCAACCGGUGAUUUGUGAUUUAUCACCGAUAUUUCAAUAGUGAUUAGUCUGAAAGCGUUGUAAUAAUUUACGAGGAGAGAUGAACGCACCUCCGACCUUCGAGUCAUUUUUGUUGUACGAGGGAGAGAAAAAGAUAAUAAAAGAGCAAGACACCAAAGUGCCAAAUGCUGCAAUCUUUACGAUCAACAAAGAGGAUCAUACGCUGGGAAACAUGAUUCGCAAUCAAUUGCUGAAGGAUCCUCAAGUGUUAUUUGCUGGCUACAAAGUCCCUCAUCCUUUGGAACACAAGUUUGUCAUUAGAAUUCAAACAACCUCGGACUAUACUCCACACGAAGCGUUUAUGCAUGCUAUCACUGAUUUGAUUGCAGAACUCUCAUUGUUUGAAGAACGUUUUAAGGAGGCAAUCAAAGAGAAGAAAGAAGGUCUGGAUUAAACAGCUGAGGCAAAUCUGUACAUGUAUUUCAUAGUUCAUUAUAUUUUUUAUAUUCACAUAAAAUUUUAUUUAGUCUAAUUAAAACGUAUGUAUGUUAAAUAUGAGACAUAUGACAAAUACAGUCAUGUAAAUACGUUAUGAUUGAUUAAUGACUGAAUCAUGAUGUUAAUAAGUUGUGUGAAUAAUUCAAACAUAUUUAAUUAUUCUGUAUAUGUAUGUUUAGAGCAGAUUCCAUUCUUGUAAAUAUUUAAAAUAUUAAUAUUUAUAUAAAUAUGAAAAAAUUUAUAUAUUAAGUUGUACUCUUGUAUGUCACUCCACAAUUUAUUAUCUUCUACUGGUUUGUAUCUUGAGAUUUUUAAUUUGUAUUCCUUUCAGUUCCAAAAAUUAGAAUCUUUAUAAAAUUACAUUAAUAAAUUUCUGUCUUUAAAAAUAUGAGUGAUAUAUCACAUUUUGUAGAUUAAAAGUUAAUUAAAUUCCAAUAUAAGUAUAUACUAUAUUCGAAAGAUGCAAAUCUGAAAUGGAUUUUCUUAAGAAAAAUACUUAUAUUUUAUUAGUAAAACAUUAGCGAAACUUAUUGAAUAGUUGGCUGCGAGAGUUGUGUUGCGUAUAAAUAUACAUUAUGUAAAAACUAAAUUAAAAAAUUUUAAUUAUGGUAA